AUGCCGUGGGACAAGCUGACAGCCCCCGUUGUUUCCAGUAAUCCCGGCUCUUCAGAGCAGGAGAUUGGAGACGAGCCUGACUGGGGCACCGGACACAACCACCGAAUUGGCUUCAGAAAUCGACAAGGACGUACACCAGGUUUUACGCACGAUGGAGACCAUGAUCCUUACGAAACAGAAGAAGACAGGCAGUUUGCCGAAGAAGCUAUUCGGAAAUACAAGGAACUGCAACAACGAAAGGACAAGGGCGAACUCCUCAACUUUCGAGAUAUCAUGAAAAACCAGUCUGAUUUUCAAAAGCAGAGGCCUGAGAAGUACCCUCCAGGCUUUAGGUUUAUGGUCCAGGCUCGAGAAGACUGGGUCAAAAAAGAGGAAGAUUGGCCUGCUAAUAUCAAGCAACGAGAAAAGGAAGAGCAGAAGAAGAAGGAAGAACAGGAAAAGAAAAAGCAGAACAAGGACCAGGAUGGCGAGCAGAGAGACGACGAAACAGAAUGGCGCCGGAGUACAGGCAAUGGUGGACAAAAGCAUCAUGAUGCGUACGGCAAAUCUGAGGGAGAUUCUAAGACUUCGAACGGUGUUCAGCAGAAUGGCAAUGAGCAAGGCAGCCAAUCACAAAAAACUGAAUAUCAGAAACUUCGAGAGCGGUACACACCAGAAGAGAUUACCCUCUUGCGGCACCUUCAGCAUGAAAAAGACCAGACAACUAACUUUCAGCAAAAUGACGGCAAGCAGGACUCGCCAAUGAAGCACGAGGCUGAGCACAGGGAUAUUGCAAUCGAGGCAGUAGAUGCAAUGACACCGGACAACUGGAUACCAAGAAGCAGUAAUCUUGUUAGAAGGACUGGUCAGCAUCCGCUCAACGCUGAGCCGCGUCUGGAAGCUCUGUUUCAGGCUGGUCUUAUCACACCUAAUUCUUUGCACUACGUUCGCAAUCAUGGGAGCGUUCCUCGACUGUAUUGGGCGACUCAUGUUCUAGACGUGUGUGACGGCGCUCUGAAGCUCUCUAUGGACGAUCUUCGAAACAUGUUUGAUCCUGUCAAUAUUCCGAUUGCGUUAGCGUGUGAUGGAAAUAGGCGAGGCGAAUUGAACAAAAUCAAGAAGAGUAAAGGCUUUGACUGGGGUGCUGGGGCUGUCAGCUGCGCGUACUGGAAGGGGGCGUUACUAUGGCAAGUUCUCGAACGAGCAGGCGUUGUCCGAGAUAGCUGGAAUGGAAAACGUCUGUGGGUCAAUUUUGAAGGCGCCGAUGAACCAAGCGAGGGCAAAUACCAGACCUCCCUACCACUUGAUUAUGCCUUGGAUAGAGGAAACGAUGUACUAUUGGCUUACGAGAUGAACAAUACCAAGUUACCUGCAGAUCAUGGAUUUCCUGUUCGGCUCAUGAUUCCAGGAUUUGUUGGAGGACGAGCUAUCAAAUGGCUAGCACGAAUUUGGAUUACAGACCACGAAAACGACUCCUACUACCACAUUUGGGACAACCGAGUCCUUCCAGCUUUCAUUACUGAGAAAGAUGGCGAGUUUGCUAGGACUAUGUUUCAUCAUCCGAGCACGGCAUGUAACGAGCAGAAUCUCAACAGUGUCAUCGUGAGACCGGGUCAAGGAGCGAAAUUUGAUAUUGUUGACAUUCUGAAGAAAGACACCUACAGGGUUGAAGGCUAUGCAUACGACGGAGCUGGUCAUGAAGUCCAGAGAGUUGAGCUCUCCAUAGAUGGGGGCAAGACGUGGCUUUAUUGCUUGCGGCAUUUCCCCGAUCGGCCAAUCCGUAAUGGCACCAAGUUCUGGUGCUGGAUCCAUUGGCACAUUGACGUCGAUGCGGCCCAUUUCGUGCGUGCAGAAUCGCUGAUUGUCCGCUGCUUCAAUGUUUUCAAAAAUACACAACCCGAGCAUGGUGUUUGGAACACAAUGGGUAUGAUGAACAAUGGGUGGUACCGAGUCGAAGCGCAAACCGACAAGGACGGCAAGCUAGUGUUUCGACAUCCUUUCCAUCAAGAAGAUGACGAUGGCUGGAUGAAACCCUCGACAGAAAACCAGCUCGCUGCGGCUAAACAAGACAGUGGCGUGCCUGACAAGCAGUUCACUAGGGAAGAGGUCGAAAAGCACAAUACCAAAGAGGAUUGUUGGCUCGUUGUCAAUGGAAAUGUUUACGAUUCUACCUCGGUGCUCUCGUGGCAUCCAGGUGGAUCUGCUACAUUACUUGCUAAUGCCGGCAAGCUCUCACUUGAAGUGACGAGCAGUUUCCAAAGUAUUCACGACGAAUACGCACACAAGAAACUGUCCGAAUGCGUGAUUGGCAGAGUAACAGACAAGGCUCAGCAAUUCAUGCAGGAACAAGCCAAGGCUGAGGCGGAGCAGAGUAUGAAGGCCGGGCCGAAGGAUACGCUGCUGCAAAGCAAGAAGUGGGUGCCUGUAAAACUUGCGGACAAGAAGCAGAUUUCCGAGGAUACUUUUACCUAUACCUUCUCAUACAAAGAUGAUCCUAGUAAAAAGAAGCUCGGGCUGGGGACGUGUCAACAUAUACAGUUUGGCAUCCACAUGGUGGACAAGAUGCUCGUCCGGUCGUACACGCCUACAAGGCCGAUCACUCAGAAGGAUGACGACGGUACCUUCGAGUUGACGGUGAAGACAUAUUAUCCAGAUGAAAAUCAACCAGGUGGAGCGUUCUCCAACUUCCUGCUUGAGCUACCUGUUGGCGAAAGUGUUGACGUUUGUGGUCCGACAGGUGAAAUUGAGUAUCUUGGAGAAGGCGAGUUCGACAUCGAAGGGAAGAAGAACAAGUUUAGCAAGAUUAGUCUGGUACUGGGUGGUAGUGGCCUUACACCAGGGUAUUCGUUGAUAGAAAGAGUUCUCCGAGAAGGCGGUAACACAGAAGUUUGCGUUAUCGACGCCAACAAAACAGAGGACGAUAUCCUACUGCAUGACAAGCUCGACGAGGCUGAGAAAAAUAGCAAGGGUAAGAUCAAAAUCACUCACGUGCUCAGCCAUCCUAAGGACUCGGAUGCUUGGAAACACAAAGGAGGUCUGUCAGGUCAUGUCAAUGCAGACAUCAUAAAGGGGAAGCUCUUCCCACCCGCCCAAGACUCUGUGGUUUUCUUGUGUGGACCACCCGGCAUGAUCCAAAAGGCUGCGCUGCCAGCACUGAAGGAUUGGGGAUACGUCGAAGACGAGAAUUGCUUUGGUUUUUAG